UUUGAAAACAAUUUUUGAUCUGAACCCGGAAACGUGUUUUUGAUUGUGGCUGUGGAUGUUUAGUAACGGGCUGAGCGUUUCACCACACGUUCCGUCUCAAAAAUAUUAUUAUUUAGCUAAAGUUGAUUGGCCACAAAAGACAAACAAAACAAUUAAAAAGUUAAAUUGACAGGAGGAAUGUCAAGCAAAGAAUGUGAACGAUAACCGUCAUACAACUGAAGACAUCCAUUUUUCAUUCAGAAACUAAAAUGGCUUUUAGGAGAGAUCGAAAUAUUAGAGAUUUUUAUGAGGAACGGUUUCCUCCAGAAAGAGUGGGUCCAUAUCCAAGAGGAGCUCACGGGAACAGGAGACCUCCCUUUGGGCGGCCAGACGAGGACUAUAGCCGUGGUUUUGAAUGUGAUGGCUCUCGGUUUUACCCAAACGGUGCCCCUCGCAACUACCAUGGAGAGGGUCAGAGAGGUUACCAUGGAGACAGCCAUCACUCAUUUUCAAAUGACCACAGGGGUGGGCCACCCGGUCGAAGGCAGAAAGACUUCCCAUACUACAGAGGGCAGAGAGAGGAGCCCCGUGGUGGACGUCAAAUUGACAUCAGACCGAGCAAUCGGGCAGGUCCUCCCCCGAAUGCUCGAGUCCAGGGUGCUUAUCCUCCAGCCAGGUCUCUGCCUACAGUAGCCCCUGAUGCAGGAGACGACACCCUCAUACAGGCCAUAAUGAACCUGGACAAGGGUGAAGAGCGAGACAACUUGAGAAGAAAGGCGCCCUUCCCUCCAGUACGUGAACGCUCUCCAACUCGGCGGGACGUCCCCCCUUCCCCUCACAGUCGGUCGGGGUCCAGCAUAAGCAGCCGCAGCUACUCACCAGAGAGGGGCAAAGUGCAUCCUUUCCCGCCCCAGCAGGGGAAAAGAUAUGAGGAGCCGUUCGGGCCAGGAAGGGGACCGGACAGGGAAAGGCCCCCCGGCCCCUCCGUGAGUGCAUCACGAGAUGGUUCGCCCCAUAGCUCCGUAUCAGCCACUAAGGAGGACACGACAACGGUGGAAGGGCCCCCAGAUGAAGUUCCACCCACCGUAGAUGAAGCUUCCUCCAUCAUGGAUGACUUUCAAGAACGACGAGCUCAAGCUGUUACUGCCAAGGCUCGAGAAAUUGAGAAGGUCUAUCGUCAGGACUGUGAGACGUUUGGCAUGGUGGUGAAGAUGCUGGUGGCCAAAGAACCCAGCUUAGAGAAGCACCUGCAGAACCCACUAAAAGAUAAUCUGAUUGAGAUCCGUGAGCGAUGCCUCGAAGACUUGAGAAACUUCAUUGCUGAACUUGAUGAGGUGGUACGACAGCCUGAACCUGCUGUCUAAGGUGGCCACAUUUUACUCAAUGAGCAUUUUUGUUCUUUUUACCCCCCUGUACCUACACAAAAGUCACUGUUUUUUAUGGUUUAUGUAAAGGCCAUUGUACAUUGUGUACUCGGUGUCCACCUAAAAGAAAACUUCCUGGUCUGCAACAGGGCAAGGAAAAUCUCUUUAUGUAUUUCAUAUAUGCAGUUUCAUUCAUCCAUUGACACUAGUCGAUGCUAGGUUGUAUAAUCUUUUUGUAACCUUUCAACAUUAAGAUGAAUUAAAAAAAAAAUUUAGAUGGCAAACACAAGGAAAGCAAUGCCGGAAUAUGGUGGUGUUUGUUCUGAUCAAAUGUGUAUAAAAUGAAAGGGUUCUAUGUUGUUGCCAAUUGAGUCACUUACAUUCAAACCAAUGAGAAAAGCUGGUGAAUGAACUACGGUAAGUAAUAUUUAUGGGUUCAGCAAUUUGCUGCUAUCUGUAGUAAUGCUAAGCUGUGCAGCAGACAAUAAUGCAUUUUCAUUUUUUCCCAGCCACUAUAUUGUGAAAA